AUGAUGCAGAACUGGGUCACAUUUGGCUGGCCAACUCUUGGUUCUCUCUUGGUGUCUAACGGGCUUCCUGAGGAAAUGGAAUUGAUUAGAGUGGGUGACGGUAAAGCAGGUCAAUCGUCCACUCCAUCUAAAGCAAUAUGUCAUGUCAGUCGGGUGCCGGCUGACAGCAGUCCGGUGGACUUGAGUCGGGGUUACAUCAUAUGCUACUGUGAUACGGUGGAGUGUCAGGCUGCUGGAAUGCAUGAGUGCAAGGCGGAGUUCUACUGUUACACCGUGUUUAAAAUCAGUUCCACAGUAAAUGAGGGAUCUCGAAUAGGGGACGAUUCACCAGCAGCAGUGGCCACACAUGAACUGACCCAAACUGUCGCGGGUCGUGGUUGUGUGACCAAUGACUACAUGGAUAUGUGCGCCCGUCCACCCUACAGGACUCAUUCCAACCCUGCAAUGCUGAUGACCAAGUGCUGUAGAGAUGCAUGGUGCAACGCAGACAAGCGAGAUCCCAUUGUAUUUCCUUCCCAGAAUUCCAACCAGCUACCAGAGCCAAAGACACAAAGCAAAAUUCCGGUUUGGUCAAACCCUUUGAAUGUGCAUUUUACAGGGCCUGUUCAACAGCCGUUCUCUGUGCGAGCACAGAACAACCAAGACCCAUCCCUUGAGUUGACGCGAAUGGUUCCGGAAAAACAUCAGAAAACCGUCGGACAGAGUGACCUUACGCCGGAAUUGAAGCGGAGUUCGAAACAACCGGUUCAAGAUAAGGAUCGAACAAACUCACAAGUCGAGGUCGGAGACCCAACAGAUACUGGGUCGCUAGUCAAAUUAUUCGUUCAAAAGCCAGUGCUAUUCACUUUCGGCAUGACUCUGGCCGUUAUGCUUCUGGUGUUCAGCAUACUUCUGGCUUCAGUACUAACGUACCGUCAACGACUUGGCAUCCGUGAUCGAAAAUGCGGUUUGGUCACUGAAUCCUAUGCCUCACUUCCUCACGUUUAUGUGAACCGCGCGAACCAUAUGGGCGUUACGGCGAAAGGUAGCAAAUCUGAGGUCAUGGAACCGGAUUUAUGGACUACACGCUACACACCGCUUUGCUGCUGCUGUCGAGAGAAACUGCCCAAUGCAUACGAAUUUGGCGACGGUUUGCUAAAUGCGACCUGUGAACGAAGUGCCAAGCUGGAUGGUAAAAUUGAUCAUCAAUUGACGGCAAAGGGACACGGUUACAGAUUCUCCCACGCAGGAGUCAUUGUUAAUCAAAUACCUGCGAUACAACAAACUUCAAUGUGGGUCAAAGACCAGCAGCAACUGAAUUCUAAGACGCCAAACACAUCAUUUAACUGUAAUCUGGACCGUAGUUCAUCUGGCCAGCUGGACGAUACAAGAUACAGUCCACACACCUCUAACCCUCGACAGUCCAACUCAACUGCACCAUUCAAUACAUCGUGGCACAUGGAAUCUGAGCAAAAUGGUGGUGUAGAAGAACGUGGAUCCACCGGAGUGAGUAGACCCAGUGUUGGCACGGAAUCCAGUGACAAUACGAAACCCGAGUCUUUGUAUGUGAACGAAUGUUCAUUACAAAUUAUGAAGAUGCGUGGCCAAACAACGCAGAGCCUAACAGCGACCAACUCAGUUGAAGGCACAACAACGACAACUUUGGGAUCUCACAGGGUACAUGAUAUGCCAGAAGUGUUACGUCAAAGGGGUACCGGAACUACGAGUAGCGUUGGCGAAGAGAGCCGGAACGGUAUGGAAUUCGAGCAGGUUAUAAAGAGAGAGACAGAGCAAAGUGGUCCUAGAACAUCGUGCCUGUCGGUGGGCAAGCAAAUUGCGGUGCAACCGUUUGUGGGUCUGGCAAACUUCCGCCGUGCCGAAGAACCCCAGGAAGAGUUGGUCACUCCCUAUGCUGAAGUGGAACUUUCUUUAAACUACAUUUGAUCAAACAAUUAUUAUGGAAAACCUCCCAUUCAGCGGGAGUAGCUAAACAUACCAGCUGAUUUGUGGGACUUGAAGACGCCAAUUUUG